UGGAUCGUGACUGUUUACUUUAAAUUUUAUAACAAAUCGUGCUCGCGCGGUAUAAAUUAUUUUAGCAGAGUAAAUUAAUUAAAUACUAUACUGAAACGUGUAUCAUUUAUACUUAUUUUUGGAGUGUUGAAGCGAAAAAUAAAUCGUUCACGCACGGCUCUUCAAUAUAGCCUGUUAUAUUGAUCAGUCACUGCGGUAUAUUAUGUAUAAACUAGUGCGAUCUAGAAAACUGUUAAGUAUUAAUGGUGUACACAUUAUCAGCGCGUGUAAACACACCGGAUAACAAUAUUGUGUUGCAAUCUAUGUUAAGAACACGCUGUAAAUACGUUUAACUUGCCAACGAUAUUCUAAGCUUAAACGGCGAUUUAAAAAGAAAUUGAUACGGAAUCAUAAACCGCUGUGAAUAGAGGAAAUGGAUUUUGUGUUUGAAUUGGAAAUCUAACGGCGCUCAAAAGUUGCGCAUAAAGAAUAAAAUAGCGUGACACAGUUAACGUUUCUCGCUAACUGGAAUGCGGUAGAUUGGACCAUAAUGCAUUGCGGUGCGUCUCCGCAUGCGUGAUUUUAGAAGUCGUGUCAAUGUUUAUAAACGGGAAGUGUGUACACUGAGCCUGAAAUAUCUUGUUAUUAUAUCUAUUUUGCGUUUUUGAAAACUGGAAAAUUUAGGAUACCAUUCACAAUGUCAUCGGAAACGACGGACACGCAUAAAGACUGGAUUUUAGAGAUUAUAGAUCAGUUGAGAAAGAGGAAAGCGCGACCAGAUCUGGAGCGUAUUACUCACUUUGUGGAGCGUAAGCACGGUAUAGGGCGCAAGGAGACGGAAGCGCAUCUUGAGACAUUGGUCGAUAAAGGAAUCGUGAUCAAGGUCGUUUAUAAACGCGGGACAAGCUACAGAAACGCUACUAAAUCACGGAAACGUUGUUUCGUGUCAAAUGUGCUCAAUUCUAAUCUGGCUAGUUUUAAAAUCAAUGAGGCGGUAAAUAACAUAUUAAAGGAGCGCGUUCCGGUGACCGUCGACGGCGACGAGGAUGAGGACGUCGACGAGGAAGAAGAACCUAUGCAAAUUGACGAAGAUUGUGAAGGGGUCAGUGCUAAAGAAAUUGAAAAAUGGUUGAAACAAAACGAUGAAGAUAUUGGACCCUAUCCGGUUCAUUGGGCCGUACAACGGGAAGUAGAUGCCGGGAGGUUAUCUUGCCUUCAAAACGGAAAUUUUGUUCCGUUCCGGGAAGAAAAAACACUAGAUACAUCUUCCUCUAUUACAACUAGCGAUCAGUGUGACAGUUCUCAGGGGACUUCGAAACCGCUGCUACAAAAGUCGAUGAGUGUAUUUGCGAAAAGGGGGCGUCCACCCAAGUUAAAACUCCCGAAGUUCAAUAGGAGUGUGAGUCUAAAUUCAGUUAGCAUAGCGAAAAAGCCGGAAGAGCCACCGGAGUCCGCCCCUGUGCCGGUCAUGCCACCUCAUCUUUGUGAUUUCUGUCAACAGUCAAGGGAACAAAACAGUAAAGGACAGCCAGAGGAAUUACUUUUUUGUAAAGAUUGUAAUGCUAAAGCACAUCCCUCGUGCAUGAAUUAUGCACCAGAACUAGCAGCACGUGCACGGAACACACACUGGCAGUGUAUUGAUUGUAAGACGUGCUGUAUAUGUUCCGACCCUGGUGAAGCGGACUCCAUGUUAUUCUGUGAUGCCUGUGAUAAAGGUUAUCAUAUGAUGUGUCAUGUCCCAAAAGUAGACGACAAGCCACAAGGGAAGUGGGUUUGUAGUGAAUGCGUUAAUGACGGCGUUGAUAUUGAUGACGUCGAAGAAAACAGUUACCUCGCCGUGAUAGAUAGUACCGUCAAAUCCACCGACUCAGAAUCCUUUGCAAGCACUCGAGAUAAAAAUAGUGAGAGUGAGGUCCCACCAGAGCUAUACCCAAAUGCAACAAAUUGGUCUAUUACGGAUGUUGUCAGUUACUUUCAACAAAAAGGUUUCAACGAUUCAGCCAACGCUUUUGAAUCACAGGAAAUAGAUGGUCAGUCCCUGCUGUUACUUAAGAGGUCAGACGUUCUACAAGGUUUGUCACUAAAACUUGGCCCCGCCCUCAAAAUUUACAACCACGUGAUGAAACUACAAACCGCGGGGCAACCGAUAGGCAACGACUGACCACUUCCGGUUGAACACUUCCGGAUGAGUUAAUUCGGCUGAUGAUAUUCCAAUGUUGUUCCGUUCCUUACUGUGAUUAACUUCUGAAGAAAUUCCAACAUUUUUUUUUCGUUUGGAUGUUGCCAUUACUGCCAUUGUUCACGCUGUUACUGUUGUUUGUGUUCAUUUAGUGUUUUCAUUGAGGUAUUGUUAUCACACAAACAAUGUGAAACCUUUAUUAUUAUACAUUAUUGUACAUAGAUAUGAUCGUUUUUGAUAUGGAGUGUCCAGUAUCAUUUUUUAUAAUGUCAAGAUAAAAGCACGACAGUAUUCAUUUAACAGACAAUAAUAUGUAGAUUGCGUGAUUUAAUUUUCGGUCUAUGAUUUAACUGGUGGUAUGACACAUGGGCUACAAAACAUUGCCACAAGUUUCCAUUACUACCAUGUAUGAAGAUUAUUACAUAUAUAGAGGAUAUUGAAUGAGUGUAAGUUCAAUACUGAAUUUAUUGCACGAGUUGAAUAAAAUUAUAUUAUGCGAGCCUCUGGCGAGCAUAAUAUUAUUUUAUUCAACGAGUGCAAUAAAUUCAGUAAUGAACUUACACGAAUUUAAUAUUCUAUUUAUCACAUACCCAAAAUAAAUACCGUUUAAACUGAAAUAAGAGUCAUUUUUCAUUGACGCGCCUAUAGUAAACGCUAACAUUUAGCGCGUCUUUACACUAUGUUUGUAUAACGCUAAUGACGUCACGUCAAAAUAUAUGCACGGCCGUGCAAUACCAUUUUUACGGAGUCGCAAAAUCGGCACGGGUGUGUGAUAAAUGAAACAUAUUUCAUACACCUACAGAUAGUAUAAACUUGUUCCAGAUACUUAUAUUUAUUCGGAAGGUAUUGGUUGCUGCUCUGUGUCAUACCAACGCUUUCAUGAUUUUUUUAGAAAGCACGAAAAGUGCCGAGAUUUUACGAACCUUAUUUGAUCGUUCGGAUGCGUAAAGAAACAACUGCGUUAGACAUCUUCGCUGAUGGACAAAGAUGCUUAAGAAGAAUGCAGUUGUCUAUUAAAUUUUGAUAUACCACAUUUGUUAGGUUAAAUUUUAUUUAUACAUGAAUUUCAGAUCUGCUCUAUUGUUUGUCAUUGAAGCUCUAAGUGUUGUCCGUUGCCGAAUGGUUACGGUCCUUAACAUAAAAACGCUGAAAGUUCGAGACUCACCAGCGACUUUGAAGCUUGUAUGUGUGGAAGCUAUCCAGGUUCAACUCAGGCCCGUUCGUGCCUGAAAUAAUGCCAGAAGGGGCUUUUGAGGUCUUCUUCCAUCAGUAAAACUGGAAAAAUCGUCGUAAAAUGACCUAUACUCUGCUGGUACGACGUAAAAUCAAACCAAAAAUGAUAAGCUCAUUUAAAAAUGAUAAGCAAAUAAGGAUCGGUCGCAAAAUUAUAAAAGCUGUAUGGACACUUGAUUUAGAAAAUAUCGUCUUUUUACCAUUUUCCAUCUUAUAUUUACGUAAGAGAGUGUCAGAGAUCCCCGAUUUAUAGUACAGAACCAGUGUCGGUUGGAAUAUCUUAGUUAACACACUUAACUGUUACAGGUAUUAUGUCAAAACACUAACUGUUACACAAUAUUAGUACAUGUACUUAGUAACAUGUUUAAGUUGACUUUUUAAUCCGAGACGAAAUAAGACUCCGCUCCAAAAAUCUGAAUAUACAAAUCUAUGCAAUUUCAUCGUUUCAUCAAGUCAUGCUAUUUUCUUUUGUUGUGUAAAAUGAUGAAAUUUAGACGAUUUCUUGAGUUUCAUUAAAUCUAUGUGAUGGGGGAAUUAUUAAGGUUUAUUCUUACAAUAUAUUUGUUGUAAAAUAUUUCUUUAAUAUAGUUACGAAAGCGUUUUAGAUUUAUGUCACAUUAUAUAGUUGAUAUUCAUAUUUCAUUUUUACAUAUAUCAAUUGGCCCAGUUAACAUAGUAAACAUAUUUUUGAGUCAUCAAUAAGAAAUGUUAAACUUAUAUCCCACGGGAUUAUAAGCUAAAUUUCUCCGUACUGUUUAGUUAUGUAUGCAUCGUUUAGUAAUGCAUGCAUCAUUUAGUUAUGCAUGCAUCAAUUAGUUAUGCAUACAUUAUUUUACUGUUGACCACUUUAUGCUAAAAUAGUUUUGCUUGUGAUCUGACACGAGAUACUGACCAAAAUAUAAAACAUAAUGUGUUGAUACUGUACUGUUAGGUGACAUAGAGGUGACAUUGGAGACAUAUUCAUUAAUCAGCCGCUCCAUGACAAAACCAACAUAGUGCGUUUGCGACCAGCAUGGAUCCAGACCAGCCUGCGCAUCCGCGUAGUCUGAUCAUGAUAUAUGCUGUUCGCUUACAAACCUUAUAACAAGUAGAGAAACUGAUAGCGAAUAGCAUGGAUCCUGAUCAGACUGCGCGGAUGCGCAGGCUGGUAUGGAUCCAUGCUGGUCGCAACGCAUUAUUUUGGGUUUUGUCAUGGCGCGGCUCAUUUAUUUUUACUACAAAGUGUGGACCUGUUGACUAUCAACUUUUAGGGUUAGUCGAUUGUUAAUACUUGUUCACCUAAUAGUUUAAUAUGUUCCCUCUGUGACACAAUUUUCCCGACGAUUUUUGUAAUCGAGUUGUUUUAAUUAAGUUUGAUGAAGUGAUUGCAUCUAGAAUAAAAUGUAGCAAACUAAUAUCAAAUACCUUUUUAAUCAAGUUCUUUGCUAGUUUUUUUUAAACAAGUUCUAUGCUAGUUCUGUAUUUGCAUUACAAAAUUAUUGACUGUUGCUAACUUAUUUUACUCUUUUACUUGAAUUUAAGCUACUAUGUCGGAGUUUCUUUUUAAAAACUGCUGUGUUGACAUUUUUUGCACCUAAGAACUUCCUAAUGUAAGCUAAUUUUAAAUGGAACUGUUCGAUGUUUUAGCAGUUUCCCUCAUAUCUUCUGUCAAGUUCCGUGACAUAUCAACAUGUACUUAAACGAUAUAUUACUAGUAUUGUAUUGAGAUAUGCAGUCAUGCAUGCAUUUAUGUUGUUAAUGCAUGGUUGUUUUUUAUCACCCUUUCAGUUUUUUUUUCUUCUUAUCAGUAUUCUAUUGGGAAAUUAAAUUCUGAUUGAAAUAAAGAAAAUUGUAAAUGUUUAAAAUGAGAUGAUGAAGAAGGUUGUUCAUGAAUAGUUUAUGUUUUGAGUUGUACUUAAAUUUUGCAAACUAGACCCCGUGUUUGACAAGGUAGGUUAUAGUACAAAUGUAUUUUCAUUUACAAAUGUAUUUUUUUUUUUUUUUUUGGUAAAUUGAAAAAGUCGAUAAAACUGGUAUACUAUUGUCAGUUAUAAAGAUUUAAUGACAGGUUAUAUGGUCUAGUAUAUACGGUUCUAUGAUUAUAUGACCCGAGCGGCUUAGUUAUAGAUAGUUUUAUUCUGGUAAAAAAAAAAUGUCAUAAAACAACUACAAAUUCAAUGUCAACAUCAAGAGAUACAUGUAAACAUGAAAGUGCAUGUGUUGAUGCCAUAUAUUCAAUACCAAGGAUGACACAAAAAGAAGGCAUAAGCCGACUUAUUUUCAUUGUGGUCCUUAGAAUUGAUCAUAUGACACCAGAAAGGCAAAAUAUUUACUAAUUAUUAAGUAUUGCACAUAAAUUAUUCAAUUACAAUUUCUUAUAUCAAUUAUUGCACAUAAGUAUUUCCAUCACAGAAUUUAUCACACAUGUAUUAUAAUCAUAAUUAUUUAUGACGAGGGUCAUAUAAACAACCUUUUAUAUUCGGUCAUAUAUCCUGCCAAAAGCUUUUUAAUGAUUUAAUAAUACAGUACAAUUACAUUAUUCAGGAAAAUCGAAACUUUAUUUGUUAAUUUUACAUUAGUCGUGUAUAUAGAUUAUAAACACUUCACGAUUAUCCAAUGAAAAUCAACUUUACAAACGUGCAGUAUUAUUAUUAUAAAGUGAGACUAGUUAGAUAAUUGUUUAAUACAUGAUUGUUAGAGAAGAUUUUUACAACCUGCUGGAUUAAUUUAUUUUGUUAUUCGUUUAAUUAGUAUUGCACUACCGUGAUUUGAUUAAUAAACUAUCCCUUUCAGUCAAUAUGAUAAUUUUAAAUUUAAGACAGUAUCCAUAUAGGAUCAGCCAAACUAUUCCUAGAGAGCAGAGCAAGAAGAAAUUCGCCAUUUUAAUAUUAUAACUUGUAAUCAACUAUAAAUAAAUUAUAUAUUGUAAUUAACUGCCUAAUGAUUUGAUUUCCCUUUCUGUAAAGCGUAUUAAUGUAUAUAUGAGCCGCGUCACAACUAAACCAACAUAGUGGGUUUGCGACCAGCAUGGAUCCAGACCAGCCUGCGCAUCCGCGCAGUCUGAUCAGGAUCCAUGCUGUUCGCUUACAAACUCUAUAACAAGAAGAGAAACUGAUAGCGAACAGCAUGGAUCCUGAUCAGACUGGGCGGAUGCGCAGGCUGGUCUGGAUUCAUACUGGUCGCAGACCCAUUAUGUUGGUUUUGUCAUGACGCGGCUCAAUUAUGUCCUUGUUCGUCGAUACGUCCAAAUAUUUUUGUUCACCCCCCCCCCCCCCCUUACAUUGAUUAUGAUAACUGAGAUAAAAGGAAUCACUUUUAUAUUCACUCAUUUCUCAUAAUCAGAAGUCAUUGUUAUUUUACGUAUCUUUUAAUAAAGCAGUUAGUAAAAGUGACGAAAUUGCAUAAUUUGUUUUUUGAUAAGUAGAUGUAGAUCUCUAAAUUGUUCACAUUUAUAAGUUGUUAUUUGUUUGUUGUUUUUUUUCUCAAAUAUUAGGGAAAUCGUCAUGUUUCUGUUCUAGGUAACUAGUAUGUUUUCAUGCUGUGAAAGUUUUAAGUUAUAUGUUAAUUUCGUUAAACACUGAUUUGGAUAAAACUUGAAGAGAAAGAAACAAAAUUUAUGUUGUUUUUAUUUAUGUUUGUUUUAU